UCCCAGGAUUCUUCGGCUAUUCAUUGUGCUUAAUGUACAUGUUUCUGCACCGUGCAUUUAGGAGAUCGCAGAGAAGAAUCCAAAACGGCUGCGGGGGAAAGACCACCAAACAUGCCUACAGAAACACUACCGACAGGUAGCAUGGUGAAGCCAGUCAGCCCUGCUGUGACUUUCACGUCCGCCGUUCCUCUCCGCAUCCUGAACAAAGGACCCGACUAUUUUCGCAGGCAGGCGGAGCCUAAUCCAAAAAGACUGAGCGCGGUGGAGAGGCUAGAAGCCGACAAGGCGAAAUAUGUCAAGAGCCAGGAGGUCAUCAAUGCCAAGCAGGAGCCUGUGAAGCCGGCGGUGCUGGCAAAGCCGCCGGUCUGUCCUGCGGCCAAGCGAGCGCUGGGGAGCCCCACCUUGAAAGUCUUCAGCAACAACGUGAAGACCGAGAGUGGCGUCCAGAGAGAAAAUCUGAAACUCGAGAUUUUGAAGAACAUCAUCAACAGCUCUGAAGGCUCCAGCUCGGGUUCAGGCUAUAAGCACGGUCCCCGAAACUGGCCGCCCCACAGAGCCGAUUCAACGGAGCUGAACCGACACUCGUUCGCCGAAUCUUUGAAGGUUUACCCCACGCAGGGCCGUAGCAGCCCGCAGGAGAGCAGCUCCAAUGUCAGCAGAAGGCUCCUAGACCAGUCGGCAGAGACUUUCUUGCAUGUCUCUCACAGCUCCUCAGACAUUAGGAAAGUAACUAGUGCAAAGCCCUUAAAAGCAAUACCCUGCAGUAGUUCAGCCCCACCUCUGCCUCCAAAGCCCAAAAUCGCUGCCAUCGCCACCCUGAAAUCCCCAGAGAUUGAGGCAGUUGAGUCUGGAUGCGGAGUUAGUAGAAGACCCUCCCUACAGCGAUCAAAAUCAGACUUAAGCGACAGAUACUUUCGUGUCGAUGCAGAUGUUGAGCGAUUCUUUAACUACUGCGGACUGGAUCCUGAAGAGCUUGAAAACCUCGGGAUGGAAAACUUUGCAAGGGCUAACUCUGAUAUUAUAUCCCUCAACUUUCGCAGUGCAAGCAUGAUUAGCUCAGACUGUGAACAGUCUCAGGACAGCAACAGUGACCUUAGAAACGAUGACAGUGCCAAUGACCGUGUGCCAUACGGCAUUUCUGCCAUUGAAAGGAAUGCCAGAAUCAUCAAGUGGUUAUAUAGCAUCAAGCAAGCUAGAGAGUCACAGAAAGUGUCCCAUGUGUGAGAGAAAAUCCACCGUAGAAAAAGCGAGGACUGUAUCUUUGUCUGUGAAUAUUCAGUUGUGAAGGGUUGUGAAGUCUACUUGAAGUCUUGUACACUUCUCAGAUCUCUUUGUGUUGCUUGUUGUGCAAUGUUUCCAAGUUGCAUGCCUGUCAACAUGUGAGCUGACCUGGCUUCCACUUGAACAAUAACUAACUACAAAGCCUGGCUGAGCGUACACGUUAUCUGCCAAAAGUUUAAGACGAGAAUCUAAUUAGGGCUUCAGUAUAAUCAAAGUGUUUACAUGGAAAGGUUAUAUGACUUCUUUGGUAUUUAUGUGGUUCCUUGUGGAUUUUAUAUGUCACUUUUUGUCAUGAUACAGGUAUUGUCAACUAACGUUGCUGGCUUCUAAGUUGAAACAGAAUCCCUUUGGGGGGAAGAAAAGCAAAAUUGGCCAAAAUAAGAGGUUUAGGCAUAUGACGAUAGGCAAAGCAGCCUUAUCUCUUCUAGAAAGUGCAUUACUGGCACAUGUAAAACUGUUUCUAAAAGGCAAAGAAUGUUAUGUUCUUAAAUUAUGUAUCGUUGUUAAACUGUAUAUCCCUACUUGUAGUAAGGGACUGUUCAGUAAAGGUUUCUUUCUUCUAGGUAAGCUCCCUCAAUUUUACAGCGGAAGUAGUCUAGUGAAUCUGCUUGACCUCUCAUAAACUGAGUCAUGCAUUUGGGUUGAUAUAAGCAUUUUAAUGAUUUCGUGUUACCCUGUUGGAAAAGUUUAAAGAAGUUUGGAGUCAACAGAUGGAAAUGUUGUAGGUGCGGGAUUUUGCGAGUUCGGUUUUUACUCAAAGAUUCCUGGUCUUAAACUUUUGACAGGAAUGAUUAGAUCCUAUAGCUGAUAUUGAAUGCCUUUAUUAGUCAAACACGUCAUGACUACAAACUCCAUGCUGUCUUUUAAUUAUUUUUUUUGUUAGAUCUAUUUGAACAGUUAAUGAACAAAAAUGGAAACCCACAGCCAUAUCAAUAUAACGCCUCCUAUUCAGAAGUAAAUACACUCAGUAGCUGAACUAUAUCUGAAAAAUUGUGAUUAUGUUGUCUUGCAUAUGUUAUAUCUAAGGCUGUGAAAGUUUGUUACAGCUCUAGGAAAGUGUAGAAACAUGACAGUAUGUAGCUUUUCUUUUUUUUUUUUUUCUUUUUUUUUUACCUCCUUAUGAUGGUUAGUGCUGCAGGUCAACCUGUUACAAAUCUUUUGACAAUCUGUGUCUUCCUAGUGGUUUUAUUAACUGUCAUUUCAACUGACAGUGGUGGUGUGGUAGCGGAGAAGUUGAAAGUACAGUGGUCUGCUUCAUUAUUAUUGUAUACAUGCUUUGAAGUAAAUUGCAGCACUACCUUAUACUUCAUCAGCUAAUAGGAAACUUUUUUAUUGUGUAAAUGCUGUAAGACUUUGUAUAUACUUCAGUUGUUACGAAAUCUUUAAAAGGAAGAGUGUUAUGCUAAUAAAUAGCUCCUGGUGCAGGUAUGGUAGGGUUUUUGUUCUUUUUUUUUUUACCCCUCCCAUUCUUAAAACUAUAUCGGGAACUCAAUUGCAGUGUGUUUUUAGUGCUGUAGAAGGUCUUGGUUAAAUAAUAGUUCCAGUAAAAGGUUUCUUUUACUAAAGUGCUUUUCAGAAUAUAAUUUUUUAUAAAGUAACUAUAGCAGCAUGAUCUGUCUGAAGAACUAGAAGAGAUUUUCAAGACUCCUAAAAUAGCUUGCUUCUUCCUUACCUAGCAAUGUUACUGUUCCCGUUUAUAGCAUCUGUUCAUGAUGAAUCACCACAGUCUUCUGAAUUAUUCUUCAGUAGUUCUUAUUUAUAUAUUUGAAUAUUAAAGAUGUUUUACAAAGUUGGGUUUUAUCUUUUCUCUAAGAAGCCUGUAGCCCAACUUCUUACUGCUAGCCACAGUUAAUGCAGGCGAGCCUAGAAUUGGAGCCACGCAGUCAUUUGUUGCCUAUGGAAUUAUCCUACAUCAAGUUUUAUGUAAUUGUUUUUCAAAUGAUUGUUCAAGGGGGUGGGGGUAAGCACACAUUCAGUUUCAGGAGGCUACUCUAUGGAUUUUACAGUUGGCUUCACAACCUAAGACUUACAACAUUCCUAGUUC